UCUUUCUCUCAUUCCCUCUUUUCUGUGAUCCGGGGCUGCAGAGGCUCCUGCAGGGAUAGGGGCACAGUCACACAGCGGGCACAGGACACUCACCAUGGAGCUGCUCUGCUGUGAGGUGGACACUAUCCGGAGAGCCCAUCUGGACCGGAACCUCCUGACUGACCGGGUGCUGCAGACUAUGCUCAAAGCCGAGGAGAACUGCUGCCCGUCCGUCAACUACUUCAAGUGUGUGCAGAAGGAGAUCCUGCCCUACAUGAGGAAGAUCGUGGCCACUUGGAUGCUGGAGGUCUGCGAGGAACAAAAGUGUGAAGAGGAAGUUUUCCCACUCGCUAUGAACUAUUUGGAUAGAUUCCUUUCUGUGGAGCCGCUAAAGAAGAACAGACUACAGCUGCUGGGGGCAACGUGCAUGUUUCUGGCAUCCAAAAUGAAGGAGACCAUCCCUUUAACUGCAGAGAAACUCUGUAUUUACACAGAUAAUUCCAUCAGGCCGGAGGAGUUACUGAUCAUGGAGCUCUUAAUACUAAACAAGUUGAAGUGGGACAUGGCCUCUGUGACGCCUCAUGACUUUAUUGAACAUUUUCUUAACAAAAUGGCACUGACGGACGACACAAAGCAGAUCAUCCGCAAACAUGCCCAGACUUUUGUUGCUCUCUGUGCUACAGAUGUAAAGUUCAUUUCCAACCCCCCCUCCAUGAUUGCAGCUGGGAGUGUAGCAGCCGCCAUACAGGGUCUAAAUUUGGGGAAUACAGACAGCAUCUUCUCUUCUCAACGCCUUACCCUAUUCUUAUCACAAGUCAUCAAAUGUGACCCGGACUGUUUACGGGCCUGCCAAGAACAGAUCGAGUUGCUCCUAGAGUCCAGUUUGCGUCACGCAUCCCAGCAAAUCAAUAUGCCAUCAGACACGAAGUCCGCAGAUGAAACAGACCUUUCAUGCACCCCAACCGAUGUCAGGGAUGUGAACAUCUAAAUGCGGAAUGGGGGGGAAAUUAUUAUUUUUUUUUAACUUUUUUUGGCUAUGGAACGUGAGGUUUCGGAUAUUGCCUCCCGGGAAUGAACUUCUCCCAUAAUCCUCAUGAAGAGAGCCAAUCCUAUGGACAUAUAUAUCUUCGGGAAGAAAUAUUGAUUUUUUUUUUUCACCUAUAUACCUGUGACCUAAAAUAAUACCCCUACCCCCCCCCCCCCCAUUCCCUCCCCCCAAAAAAAAACUCUUAUAAAAAAUAACAAAAAGAGAAAAUAGUAUUCGCAUAAGCCGACGUUGGGGUUUGUGCUAGAAAAAAAAGAGAAUUUUUAUAAUCAGCUAGUUUUAUAUUAUGUGUUUAUGUCUGUAUGUUGUAAAAAUAGACAUUAACACAAGACAAAUGUCUCCAGGGGAGGUACUAAAAUUUGGUUCCUUAUGUGUAUACAGCCAUUUUUAACGUAGAAGAGGCUUUUAGUUAGAAUAUUUUUUUUUUUAUUUUUUUUUUUAAAUGCCAUGUUUUUUUUUUCCACCUAUUGCUUUUUUGCGGUCUCUGCGUCUCUAUAAUCUUGCUUGCUAUUGCAUGUAGUCACUUUAUAUUCUUUUCUUACAUGUAAAUUUUUUUUUUUUUUACCUCUUUUUAGUUUUAUAUCCUCUUCACUUUAUAAAUGGUUAAUGUAACCCAUACUAUAGUAUAUGUUAGUAUAGUGCAUUACUAUAUGUUAAUCCUUAUGUAUGGCUGUGGAUUGCCUGUGCCGACGGCUUGUAGGAUGCCAGUUUUUUUUUUUUUUUUUACAACGUCUCAAGGCUUAGUUUACCGCCCUCUAUUUUACUCUAUUAUUAAGAGAUAGUGAUGGUAAUAUAUUAUAUUUUUAUAAUCUUUGGUAUUUUUGUAGCUGCCUCUGUGUUAAAAAAAAAAAAAAGUGAAAAAAAAAAAAAAGAAAAAAAAAACAUCAAAAAACUGGCAUCAACCUCCUCCCCGCACCCUAUUUACCCAAGCCUAAAAAUGUCAGGAUUCAAUCCACAGUCCAAUUUUGUAUGUGUUAUAUUCUAAAACCAUUCCAUUUCAAAGCACUUUGGGUCCUUUUAAGUUUUAGCGAUAAUGUUAUAUGUGGGAAUUAACAAAAAAAAAAAUGGAAUGGUUUGGAAUUGGCAUUUGAACUGAAUGGCAAAGCAAGUGAUUACUACUAUUAAGCUCGCCUGGGCAAGGGGGGAGUUCUGUGGCUCAGAGUAUUCUGGGAGUUGUAGUCGUUUUAAGGUGCAUUUGUGGUAUAGGAAGCUAUUUUGUGGGCCUUGCCGCCUUAAAGGCUGUUGCCGCCUUAGGCCUGGGAACUGGAUGGCAUUCUCACAUAUGUCAGGUCCGGGCCACAAAUCGGCUGCCGUUACUAGGUGUCUGUGAUGAGUACAAUCUCAGGAGCCGCAGGUUACCUUCCCAGGUAUUAGAAAAUGUGGUUAGAAUAAUUUCGUGGACACAGCAGUACAUGGAUCAGUUUUUUUUUCCUCCUUUAGCCAUUCUACGGUAUCUGCUGUGUUCCGUUUUAUAUGUUUGCAUAAGGGCACGUUAGAGUUAAGGCUUUACCACAGGUCUAUGUUAAAGAAGCUUUUUGUUCUUUUUUUUUUUUUUUUUUUUUCAACACUAAACUAUAUAAUUUAUCGCUAAGGCUUAAGUAAAUAUUUAUUGCAAGAGAUCCUCACAAGGCCAGUAUCACCUUAAAAAGAAAAUAAUGCAACUUCCCCUUUAAAUAUUUUUUUUUUUGGGCCCCGCCCCCGCGGUCCUUAAGAAAAAAAAUAAGGGUUCCACUGACAUUGGCAUUGUCUCAAUGUCGCCACACAAAGCACUGUAAAUUAAUCUUGGAGAUUGUGUACUUGAAAUUAGCUGUCUCAAAUUCUCCCUUGGACCCCCCUGCCCCUUCCUUACUUUUUUUCCUUCCCUACCCCACUUCUUUUUUUCUUUUUUUUGUUCAUAGCUAAAAGACACAAAAAAUAUAUAAAAAAUUUGCACAUUUGAACCUCUGAACCUUUUUUUUUUUUUUUUAAAUAUUAUUAAAACUAAGAAUUGUUCUGAAGGGAAGCGGUUGACUUCGGAGGAGAAUGUAUCGAUGAUGAGCUGUGCAUGUGAGAAAAUGCCCUUAUGGUGUUGAUUGUAAAAAAAAAAAAAAAAAAAAAAAUAAGGAAAAAAAAAUGGAAAAAAUAUGAAAAAAGGAGGAUUUCUCCAGUUUUAUUAAAGCUGCUAUGGAUUGAAACUCCCAGCAUGGUUUUGAAAAGUCAAAAAAACAGUGCUUUUCUGUAUCUAUGUCAUUGUUUUAUUUUGCUGCUAUUAUGUUGUAGUCCUUUUUGUUAUGUGAUGUCUUAUACUGCCAUUUUCUAGAAUUUAAUUUUCUCAUAGAAAAUUAUAUUGUCGACUUCCAUGUUUUCGUUUUGAUUUUUUUUUUCUGUGUCAGUUUUUACUUUAAUGUGAUUACUGCUCAAUUCCAAAAAGAAAAAAAAAGUUCUUGUUUUACAAUACCUCAUGUCUCAUUGUUGUCACGUCCAGGUUCUUUUUUUUAUUUUUAUUUUUUUUCUACUGCACCCUGGUAUCUGUAAGGCCCAUGUUGGAACUGUGUUCGUACUGGGUCUGGGAUGAUCACUAUUGGUCUUUUGUUGGUGUUUUUACAUAGUUCUGACGUUUUAGAGAAUUCUGAUUUGCAUUGGAUUGUGUUUGUAAAGUGGGUUAAACUGCCUUGACUUUGGUUGGUCUGAAUUGUUGGUUGGUUGGUUGAGAUGCAACUGAGGCCUACACCCGGUUAAUGUUCUUUAGUAACCUUGUUUGAAAUUCUGAAGGUUGAUACCAAUAAGAAUUUUUUGGGAUUGACCAUGGUGGGCCUGUGAACUUUAUAGACAUUGUAGGUCAGUAUGCUGGAACUUGGGGAUACAUAAAUACAGUAAAGUGAGUUGGGACAAGGCCAAUAUGCACAUUCCAAAGGAGAAAUUGACUUUAUUAUGAAUUUUUGGAUUGACCCAUUGUGGGCCUAUGAACUGUUUAGAUGCUAUGGGAUUAUGUGGAUUUGCAGUUUGGAAUAUAGUGCUGCACAGCUACAUUAGAGUGAGUUAGGACAAGGCCAAUACGCAUAUUCCUAAGGAGGAAUUGACUUAUUAUGGGUCAAAAAGAAUUUAAGAAUAAAGAAAUGUUGGCUUGUGGGCUGGAACUUCUAACCACACAACUAAAGAAGAAGGAGCGGGGCAAGAUCUAUGCACAGUACAGAGGCAGGAGAGUCCCACAUUGCACCUCUUCAGGAUAUAGCCGAGGUUGGGUUGUUCAUAGAAUGUUACGUUACAUGUGAUACCACUGAAAAUCAUGCAUUGUUUUUUUUAGAUGAAUUUUGUUUGCGUGGAAAUGUCAUUAGAGUAGGUACCGUGGUCUGGAUUGGGUAGAAGGUGCUCAGUGCCCAAUAAGGCACCAAUGUCUCAAAAACAUCACCGCAAACCAGCUUAUGCUUUUACAUAGGAAAGUAUAAUAAAAAUGUUUAAAAAAGUAAGCUCAGCUGGGUUCUGCAUGCUGCUAAACCAAAUCCAAAUUGGUAGGGAGUAAUGAUUUACAAAACUAAUUAUGAAUUAAUUUAAUUUUUGUUUUGUUUUGCUUCUACUGCCAGGGUCCACGAAUACGUGGCUCAUCCUGUCCAAAAAUUCCAGGAAUAUUAUUUUGUUUUUAUUUUGCUGAUAACCUCAAAAACUCUUCUGUCCGUAUAAUCGAAAAGGUUUUCUUUCCUGGACCAAAUGUGAUAAUAACGUCCCAGUGAUUUUAUUUUUUAUUUUUUUGUGUGUUUUUGUUGAAUUUGCUGGGGCAGCAUGUGAACAACUCUUGUUCUCACUUAUUGUAACUCCUUAUAAGGCCAAAGUCUAUUGGUUCAUGUUCUAAUAGAUGGGUAAUGUUACUUUAUUUACAGUUUUUUUUUUUUUUAUUGUGUAUUAGCCAAUCAGUCAUCCUUGUGCAUCCAUGAUGGCCGGUCUGAAACGCACAUUGUCACCAACAGACCGUUAUGUAAUACAUUACUUUUUAAGUCAAAUGACAAAAAAAGAAAACUAGGAAUAAACCAUUCAAAAACA